GAUUUUGGGUGGCAGUAUUUCAGUUUUUCUUCCUACAAACGCUCCCCACUUUUAUCUUUCCUUUUUCAAAUGCUUGCUAAUUGCUAUCACUUGCUCACAGUUUGAUAUUAUUAUAAUAGUAUAACGCAUUGGAGAUCCCAAUCGCAAUCCCAAUUCCAAUCUCAGUUUCAGUAUCUCACUUUGUUGUUAAUGUCCGGCAUGCUGAGAUGGAAGAAGCUAAAGCAUAUAGCACAGUUCCACCAGCGGUUCACUCAAGUAUCCGCAAUCUCCACGCACCUGAACCACUUGAAUGUUCAUCGCCGGAGGGAGUCUCUAGUCGGAGUGCAGGCGCGCUACAAGUGGGACCACAGCGGCUCCAGCACCACUCGUAAAAUCAGGGCAGAGGCCAACUGCCCGCGCUGCUCCUUCAAUCGCAUGGACCUCAUUUUCUCCGAUCGCCGCUUACCUAAUUUAUCUCCUUCUCCGCCGCCGACGGAGACCUCUGAGCUUCAGUAUCAGGCCCUCAAUCUCUGCCCCAAUUGCAAGACCGCCUACUACUUCCGACCGCACCAGAUUGCUCCCCUCCAAGGCACUUUCGUAGAGAUUGGCAGGCUCAGCAACACUAACGCAACAACCUCUUCCCAUCGUCACGCCACCAAAAUCAAAACCAAUUCCAGUGCCGACCUGGGGGCAUCCUUCUGGGACACUUUGAGAACAUAUGCUAAUGCUGGGGCGUCGGAGCCACCUCCGCCUCCCAAUGGACUUGCUGUGCACACGCCCCCGGGCCCACCUUUUGCACCCGGAGUUAAUGUCAUUCGGGCCCCCGCCGGAGAUGGUGAAGACAAGAAGACGUCCUGGGGCGGCUCCAAUUUGGGAAAGGAUUUGCCGACGCCCAAGGAGAUCUGCAAGGGCCUCGAUAAGUUCGUUAUUGGCCAGCAAAGAGCCAAGAAGGUGCUUUCGGUAGCUGUUUAUAACCAUUACAAACGAAUCUAUCACGCCUCCUUGCCCAAAGGGUCAGCAGCAGAAUCCACAAGUCUAAACACAAUAGAUAAAGAAGAUAAUGUAGAGCUAGAAAAGAGCAACGUGCUCUUGAUGGGCCCAACUGGAUCUGGGAAGACGUUGCUGGCAAAAACACUAGCUCGAUUUGUGAAUGUGCCAUUCGUCAUUACUGAUGCAACAAAUUUAACACAGGCUGGUUAUGUUGGGGAAGAUGUCGAAUCAAUAUUGCAAAAAUUAUUGGCGGCAGCUGACUUCAAUGUACAAGCAGCUCAACAGGGGAUUGUUUACAUAGAUGAAGUUGACAAGAUAACUAAGAAGGCUGAGAGCCAAAACAUUAGCAGAGAUGUUUCUGGAGAGGGUGUUCAGCAGGCUUUACUGAAAAUGCUUGAAGGAACUAUAGUGAACGUUCCUGAGAAGAAUGCAAGGAAGCAUCCACGGGGUGAUAACAUACAGAUAGAUACAAAAGAUAUCCUUUUUAUUUGCGGUGGAGCAUUUGUAGAUCUUGAAAAGACCAUUUCAGAGAGACGACAAGAUUCUUCUAUUGGGUUUGGUGCUCCUGUCCGUGCCAAUAUGAGAGCUGGCGGUGUAACCAAUGCAAUAGUGACAUCAUCUUUACUUGAAUCGGUUGAAAGUGCUGAUCUCAUUGCAUAUGGACUCAUACCAGAGUUUAUUGGACGUUUUGCAAUAUUAGUUAGUUUAUCUGCCUUAACUAAAGACCAACUUGUUGAGGUACUUACGGAACCCAAAAAUGCCCUUGGUAAACAAUACAAGAAACUAUUUAGCAUGAACAAUGUGAAGCUGUAUUUCACGGACAAAGCACUGAGACUCAUGGCAAAUAAAGCGAUGGCUAAGAAUACUGGCGCCAGGGGAUUAAGAGCGAUAUUGGAAAGUAUUCUAACUGAAGCCAUGUAUGAGAUUCCAGAUGUUAAAACAGGAGAAGAUAGAAUAGAUGCUGUAGUUGUUGAUGAGAAGUCCGUGGGUGCAGAAAAUGCCCCUGGAUUUGGAGGGAAGAUUAUUCGAGGGGAUGGUGCGUUGGAAAGAUACCUACGAAAAAUAAAGUUGAAAGAAUCCGUGGAGUACGUAGAGCCAGCUGAAGGGGAGUCGGAGGGGGAAUCAGAACAUUCCAGAGCUAUGAGCAUGUAACAUUUAUACCAUCAUAGUUUUGUUUUUUGGAAAGAUUAUCAGGGUUAUAAUGUGAUAAAUUUCUUUCUGACUAUUUGUAAAAUUAACAUUCAUAAUCUGUUGUAAAUACCCUAUUAUAGAAGAAGCUAUCAAAUUACUGUAACCAGAAAAAGGAUGCGAAAAAAUGUAGCAUGGCUGAUUUAUUUAAAACACUACGAAUUUCGUUCUUAACGAAUUU